AGCUAUUAUCAUAGAAUUCCGCCAGUGGAUCUAUUUCGGACUUGCCCCAGUCCCAAGUCCGGGGCCUGAGCUCGAUCCACUCCAGGAACUCUUCUGAAUGACUCUCUCGUUCUCGGUCUCUAUAAGCUAACGUAGUAGUAGACAGCAGAUCGGCGAGGCUACGCACAAACAAGCGAAUGAUUCUUGCAUGGAUCUGAAGCAGGAAUUCUCUCAGAAAGAAUGCCAUCGGCACCAAAAGGUGUGUGCAAUCGAGUGACUGGAAUUGCGGGAGCUGCAGCUUCUUUACGAAAGCGAGUCAUCUGCACGUCCAUCACACGUGUUGGCACCUGAUAUUGGCAUUGAGAGUACGAGGACUGGUAUUCUUGUAGAGUACAGGCGGCACGCAACAUACAGGCCUGGGAUUCGACGGAUGUCACUACGCACUCCAUAAUCACAGGAUCUAUUCUUUAAAUCAAAUUCAAACUGGAAUGUUCCUCGAGCCUCUGAGGAUAAUUUCAAUCUGGACUUUCGACCACUGCGACACUUGAGCGUCUGGCCAGAGUCGUUGAAUCUGGACUGGACUGCAGCUUUGUUUCACAGGUGAUCGAGACUCAGUGACUCGGUUCUUCUCAACCUUUCAUGCUAACAAUGAAACAAUUUUCUGGCUGGGUGUUGGUCAGCUACGCAUUGCUGGCCAUCGUUGCCAGUACUGUGAGUGCCCUUUACGAUGGAAGGCCGGGAGCCAGAAUUUUGCUCGAACCGGACGAGAGCAAAAUCGUGUAUAUUGUGACGCUUGAAGGUAAACCCGUGGUCGCCGAGUACGAUGACUUGUACAACGACGUCGACGAAGCUUCGAAUAAGAAACUUAAAAUUGAUCCCGCCAGUGUAUCCCGCACAGCUUCGCGAAGAAAAGACUCGAAGCAGUAUGCAGCCAAACUGAAAAGCAAUCAAGAUGCUUUUCUCCAAAAGAAUUUGAAAAGUGGAUCGUACGAAAAGGUCCACUCUUUUACUCAUGUCACGAACGCCAUGUGCGUCGAGUUCUCAAACCGAGCCCAGGUUGAGAAGAUCAAGAGCCUCGCCGGUGUGGUCAGGGUGGAGAAGGAUUACAUGCUUGUAUCCAGCACAACGCACACUCCGCAGCUGCUUGCACUCUCAUCGGCAUUUGGAGGCUGGGCUCUUUCAGGAGGCCAGCAGUCAGCCGGAGAGAAUAUCGUCAUCGGCAUGGUGGAUACCGGAAUCAACCCAGGGCAUCCGAGUUUUUUAGAUGAAGAUCCGAACUCCUACGGCCCAGUACCUGCUUCUUACUUGGGUACCUGCACCGUUGAUGACACCUUCCCUCAGGGCUCUUGCAAUCGAAAGCUCGUGGGCGCCCGCUACUUCUCCGACAGUGCGAGUGCCUACGGAAUUCUGGACCCAGUUAUGGACUUCGCUUCACCCAUGGACGGAAAUGGCCAUGGCACUCAUACCUCGGCAAUUGCAGCAGGAAACGCUGACAUUCAGGUGACAGUGGAAGGAAUAACCUUCGGAAGUAUGAGUGGCGUUGCUCCUCGUGCAAGGGUGGCAACCUACAAGUGCAUCUACAGAUACGGUGGAUUUUUGUCCGACUGCGUUGCAGCCAUCGAUCAGGCUGUGCAAGAUGGAGUGAACGUGAUCAGCAUGUCCCUGGGGCCGCCGAGCCCACCCGGAGGCGUCACGUAUCUGAGCUCGCUGGAGAUCGCGCUGCUGGCGGCCGUGAAGGCAGGAGUGGUGGUGGUGCAGUCAGCGGGAAAUGCAGGAUCGUCGCCGGGGACCGUGACCUCGUUCAGCCCCUGGGUCAUCUCGGUCGGCGCAGCGAACACAGAUCGCACGUACCCAGUGUACUUGGAUCUGGGAGACGGGACCACGGUCCAGGGAGUGUCAUACACCAGCGGCUUGCCCAGCACUGCGCUGAUUUCGUCGGCCGACAUCGUCGACCCCAACUUCAACUCCUCGCUGGUGGCCACGGACUGUCAAGACUCCAGCGCAUUCGAUGCCUCCCAAGUCAGUGGCAAGAUCCUCAUCUGCUUCUACUCCGACAACUUCGAAAUGGGUGCCACUUUCGAGCAAGUCGCCUGGACUGCAGCCUCGCUCAAUGCCUCGGGCUUCGUGGUCGUGGCCAGCAACCCGGACCUCUACUUCCCCAUCUACUUCGACGCCAUGCCCUUCGCUUUGCCCGGCGUCGUCAUCAAGGACCUCGCGUCCUCUACGACUGUGAUAGACUAUUACAGCAACAAUCCGGGGACAGCCGCGGCUGCGAUCAGAGUUCCUGCCGCCGGCAAUGCGGAGUUCAAAACCAUCAACCCCGUGGUGGCUGAUUACUCUUCCAGAGGGCCGGCACCGUCCAAUGGAGACACCAUGGAGACUGCCGACGUGCUCAAGCCCGACAUUAUCGCUCCUGGCUCGCAGAUCUGGUCUGCCUGGACUGAAGCGGGAGUGGAUCUUCCGAAUUGGGUGUCCAGUUUUGCCACUCUAUCGGGAACGAGUAUGGCUGCGCCGCACGUGUCGGGCGUCGUGGCGUUGCUCAAGCAAAAGUUCCCGUCGUGGAGCGUCGCGGCCAUCCACUCCGCCAUAGUCACCACGGCGACUCUGACGGGCAGCGAUGGGACCGCCAUCAAAGCCCAGGACGACAGCAAGCGCCUGUCCGCUGCAACAAAUUUCGACAUGGGCGGCGGCUUUCUGAACCCCACCGCCGCGUUCAACCCCGGGCUCAUUUUCGACAUCGUUCAUCAGGAUUACAUCAACUUCAUCUGCUCGGUGAAGGGCGUCACUCCAUCCAUGGUCCUGUCGAUCACGGGAACAGCGUGCAACACAACUUCCGCCUCGAAGCCGUCCGACCUCAACACCCCGUCCAUCACCAUCGCCAAGCUGCAAGGCACCAGAAACGUGGUCCGCAAACUCACCAGCGUGGGUUCCAUCAGCGAGACCUACACCACCACCAUUUCAGUACCAUCGGGAACGAGCUUGACUGCCACUCCUACCACUUUCACCAUCGCCCCGGGUGCCUCAGUGUCUGUAAAAUUCGCCAUCAAAACUACAUCAGUCCAGAAAUCCUUCAAGUUCGGAAGAAUCACUUGGACCGGAAACCAAGGCCAUAGGGUCUCCAUUCCCGUCUCUGUCGUCCCCUUCUCCUUGACAUAGAUGCGGAAUUAGCAGUAAUUGAAUGAACUUAAUCGAACAGGUAGAUUUGUCCCAAGUUAAGUGACACAAAUGGAGCGAGUGGUGGACUGUAGGCACUGUCCUGGAAAUGUGAACCUUGCUGAGCAGAGUGCUUGAAAUAUUACAGCUGUCGCCAUCUUCCGAAUCCAGUCAAUCCAAUUAAGGCCAAAUUUCUGAGGGCAUUUUUUUACAGGCGACGGAGUUCCCCAAAUUGGGGGAGCUAACUGUUUCCUGCAAAUCCAUUGAUGUAAAAUUGAGGUUCAGUUUUGGACAAGUUCAUAAUAAUUUAAAGGUUAGGCCCGA